GGGAAUCCCCAGGAGUUCCCAGAGACCGAGCAGGAGUGCAUCCCAGGGAUUUGCGGCCCCUGUGCGGGUCGAGGGAAAAGAAGGCACCCGAUUUCCCGUGGCGCCGUUGAAUUUCUCUGCUUCCAUCCUGCCAGACAGACUGUGACCCACAGCCCGAGUUGCUAAAACAACCACGGCCUCUGCUCCCGGCCCCUUCCUACCAACCGGCUGGGGCGGGUCUUCAGACCGCAGACACUAGGAGGAGAUCCAGGAUUAGCAGGGGGCGGGGCAUUGCUGCUCCUGGAGGCCCUGGAUCCUCUUAGGUCUAAAUCCCAGAGUCCGCACAAAUGGGCCCCCGACCGCAGCCUACUUUCAGGGAUGCAGAUCUAGACCGCAGCAGCCCCCAGCCAAGGCUUUGGGCUACCACAGCGCCUCCUUAUGGCUCAGCCUGGAAAUGCCAUUCCUUGCCUCCCGGUUCCCGUUCCGUAUCCUGUCUCUUUAAGGGGCUGGCUGCAUCGCGGAGCUGGGAGGACUAUACCACCGGCAGCAGGCUGUAGGGGGACAUAUUUCAAGUCGACUGGCUCUCCAAGCAGAGAUUCCAGCAAAAACCACCGUCCGAAGUGGCCCCGGGCCUCAGCUAGGUGGUCAUUUUCCUUGGUAGAGGACCUGGGGGCUCGUGAGCCCAAAAGGCUGCACUGGGGACAAAAAGUCGGGCACACCUUCCUGGUCGAGCCUCCCGGCCAGCCCCGAGCCCACCUCCCGGCUGAAUUCUUAAAGGGCCGGAGGUCUGGGGGGCGGAGCCAACAGAGGCGCCGCGCCGGGGUCCUGCCUGGGCGUAGGGCUGGAGCGAGCUCAGCUGGGUCCGGGAUGGCCGUGUCUCGCGCGAGUUCCUGAGCUGGUGCUGCAUUUCCUGCAGUUCCCAGCAUGCCGGCAGGCCUCGGCCCCACCUUCACACUGGCCCUGGUGCUGACAGUGGCGUGGGCCAUGGAGCUGAAGCCCACAGUGCCACCCAUCUUCACAGGCCGGCCCUUUGUGGUAGCCUGGGAUGUACCCACACAGGACUGUGGCCCACGCCACAAGGUGCCACUGGACCUGAAGGCUUUCGAUGUGGAGGCUUCACCCAAUGAAGGGUUUGUGAACCAGAGUAUCACCAUUUUCUAUUAUGACCGGCUAGGCCUGUACCCACACUUCAAUUCAGCUGGGAUGUCUGUACAUGGUGGUGUGCCACAGAACGGCAGCCUCCAGGAACACCUGGGGAUGCUGAGGAAACCUGUGGAACACUACAUUCGCACUCGGGAGCCCGCAGGACUGGCUGUCAUCGACUGGGAGCACUGGCGGCCUGUGUGGGUCCGCAACUGGCAGGACAAAGAUGUGUAUCGCCAGUGGUCUCGCCAGCUGGUGGCUAGUCGUCACCCUAACUGGCCGAAAGACCGGAUAGUCAAACAGGCACAAUAUGAAUUUGAGUUUGCUGCGCGGCAGUUCAUGCUGAAGACACUACACUACGUCAAGUCAGUCAGACCUCAGCAUCUCUGGGGCUUCUACCUCUUUCCUGACUGCUACAAUCAUGAUUACGUGCAGAACUGGGAGAGCUACACAGGCCGCUGCCCUGAUGUUGAGGUGGCUCGCAAUGAUCAGCUGGCCUGGCUGUGGGCUGAGAGCACGGCCCUCUUUCCCUCUGUCUACCUAGAUGAGACACUGGCUUCCUCUGCUCACGGCCGCAACUUUGUCAGCUUCCGUGUCCAGGAGGCCCUUCGUGUGGCCCAUAGCCAUCAUGCCAGUCAUGCACUCCCUGUCUACGUCUUCACACGACCCACCUAUACCCACACCAGCAGGCUCACAGGGCUUAGUGAGAUGGACCUCGUUUCUACCAUCGGUGAGAGUGCAGCCCUUGGUGCAGCUGGUGUCAUCCUCUGGGGCAACUCCUCAAGUAUGGAGACUUGCCAGUACCUCCAGAAUUACCUGACUGAUCUGCUGGUUCCCUAUGUAGUGAAUGUGUCCUGGGCCACCCAGUACUGUAGCUGGGCCCAGUGCCAUGGCCACGGGCGCUGUGUGCGCCGCAAUCCCACCUCUAAUACCUUCCUGCACCUCAACACCAGCAGCUUCCGCCUAGUGCCUGGAAGGACACCUGAUGAACCUCAGCUGCGACCUGAGGGAGAGCUCAGCCGAGCUGACCUCAACUACCUGAGGACACACUUUCGCUGCCAGUGCUACUUGGGCUGGGGUGGUGAGCAGUGCCAGGACUAUGGGCGUGCCACUGGAGGUGCCAGUGGGGGCUGGGCUGGGUCCUACCCCACCAUCCUCCUGGCUCUGAAAGCCAUAGCCCUUACCUGGACCUUGUAGUGGUCUCCUACCUGGCUACCAAGCCAAUUGGCCUCUGCUACAAGGCUCUCCAGGGCAUGAAGGAGCCUGUAGGGGUAAGACAAACUGGAAACUGGAGGGGGCAGAGCCCCCAGGAUGCCCAGUAGGGCAUCCAUACCACCUGCCACACCCCCGUUCUAUGGGGGAGGAGAAAUCCUGAGAGGCCCUUUCUCUCCCUGCCAAAGGGAGGAUACAGUUGGGCUGGGGAGGGCCUGACCCUACUCCCUUACCCGUGGAUAGUUUAUUAUUAUUAUUAUUUUGGGGUCUCUUUUGUAAAUUAAAUACAAAACAACUGUUUCA